AAGCCAUGGCUCAGGUGUCAGUGCUGUUCCGUGACGUGUACAUAGACUUCUCUCAGGAGGAGUGGGAGUGCCUGACUGAGGAGCAGAGAGAUUUGUACAGAGACGUCAUGCUGGAGAAUUACAGCAACCUGCUCUCAAUGGCCCUGGCUUGAGUGGACUCUGCUGCUUCGGAGAAAUAAAUCAAGGAAGACUGAUGAACUUCUAAACCAUGGCCCCUGUGUCAGUGAUGUUCAGUGAUGUUUCCAUAGCCUUCUCCCAGGAAGAGUGGGAGUGUCUGGACCUAGCACAGAGGGAUUUGUACAAAGACGUGAUGAUGGAGAACUACCGAAAUGUGGCCUCACUGGGAUGCUUCAUUUCUAAACCAGAUGUGAUUUCCUUACUGGAGCAAGGGAAAGAACCCUGGAAGGUUGUGAGAAAAAGAAGACGAAAUCCAGAUUUGGGAACUAAAUAUCAGUCACCCUCAGAAAGCAGCAUCUAUGAGGUGAAUUUACACCAAUGGAAGAUAAUGGAAAGAAUCGGGGACAGUGGCCUGAAGGGCCUUGUUUUAAAAAGUGAAUGGGGGUCCAAAAGAAAACAUGAGAGCACAGAGGGACCCCAGGAGGGACAUCUCAGACAAGUGAAAACCACACCCGAGAAAGUGUCCUCCUACCAGAAGCACACAUCUGCUACUCCACGUCAGAGAAUCCACUUUGUGGAGAAGCCCUAUGAGUGUGGCGAGUGUGGGAAGGCGUUUAGAGUCCGCCAGCAGCUUACUUUCCAUCACAGAAUUCAUACUGGUGAGAAACCCUAUGAAUGUAAGGAGUGUGGGGUGGCUUUCAGGCAGACUGCACACCUUACCAGGCAUCAGAGACUUCAUUCUGGUAAAAAACUGUACGAAUGUAAGGAGUGUGGGGAAGCGUUCAUAUAUGGCCCAGACCUUAGAGCACAUCAAAAGAUCCACUCCGGUGAGAAGCCCUACGCGUGUAAAGAGUGCGGGAAGGCCUUCAGGGUGCGGGGACAGCUCAGUCUCCACCAGAGGAUCCACACGGGGGAGAAGCCCUAUGUGUGUGAGGAGUGCGGGAAGGCCUUCAGGCAGUACGCGCACCUUACCCGGCAUCAGAAGCUUAAUAUCGCUGACAGACUCUAUGAGUGUAAGAAGUGCGGGAAAGGCUUUUUGUGUGGCUCUGGCCUUAGAGCUCAUUACAAACUCCAUACAGUCGAGAAGCCCUAUGCGUGCGAGGACUGUGGGAAGGCCUUUAGGGUUCGACAGCAACUGACACUACAUCAGAGGAUUCACACUGGCGAGAAGCCCUAUGCAUGCAACGAAUGUGGGAAGACCUUUAGUCGGGGUUACCAUCUUAUCCUCCAUUACAGAGUCCAUACGGGUGAAAAGCCCUAUGUGUGUAAGGAAUGCUGGAAGGCCUUCAGCCGAUACUCACAACUCAUCUCCCAUCAGAGUGUUCAUAUCGGUGUGAAACCCUACGACUGUAAAGAAUGUGGGAAGGCCUUCAGACUCCUCUCCCAGCUCACCCAGCAUCAGAGCAUUCACGCUGGCGAGAAGCCCUACACGUGCAACGAAUGUGGGAAGUCUUUUAGGCUGCGGCAGAAACUUACCCUGCACCAGAGCAUUCAUACUGGCGAGAAGCCCUUUGAGUGUAAGGAAUGUCGGAAGACCUUUCGACUUAACUCUUCUCUUAUCCAACAUCUGAGAAUCCACUCUGGUGAGAAACCCUAUGAGUGUAAAGAGUGUAAGAAGGCCUUCAGGCAACACUCCCACCUCACCUACCACCUGAAGAUUCAUAGCGCCAAAGUAUAGCCAAGUCGGAGCGGUCUUAUGGAACGCUCUGUGAAUGGUACGGCUUGUUUCUUUCGCUCAGACACGUAACUGACCUGGCUUCAGAGGUUUUAUCCCAUUAAAGGAAUGUGUUAAUUU